AUGUAUCAAUUGCAGCAGCCACAAUGUGAUCUAUGUGGCUCAAGGUCCAUGUCCAAAGAUGUACCUGGGAAAGACUACCCAGGAGCUAAGAAAACUGCUCAAGAAAAUAACCUGACUCUUAAAAGUGCCCACGGAAGACUUAUAGCGCACUUAAUGAAUGGGUACAACAAGGGGGUGAGACCGGUGCAAGACUGGAGAAAGCCAAUAAAUGUGUAUAUAGAUCUCCAAAUUUAUGCCAUUCUGCUUGUGGAUGAGAAACAGCAAUCAUUUACUACUUACAUCUGGUAUGAGCAGUCCUGGAAGGAUGAGUUUCUUACUUGGGAUCCAGAGAAAUUUGAUAAUGUAACAAGAGUUUCAAUUCCUACACAAUGGAUAUGGCAACCGGAUAUUACAGUGGUUGAACUAUUGGAAGCUGGGAAACCUGCAGAAGUUUCUUAUGUCUACAUUAAUUAUAAUGGCAUUGUCCAGAACAACAUGCCCUUUCAAAUGAAAUCUUCCUGCAACUUUGACAUCUAUUAUUUUCCAUUCGAUCAUCACAACUGCACAUUUACUUUCUCUAGCUGGAUACAUACAGCGCAAGAUGUUAAUGUAUCUUUUCGGAGACAUGAGUCAAAGACAUUUACAAGUAUAUAUAAGGAUGAUGGAGAGUGGGAAAUCGUCAAUGUAACUCCAGUCUACCGUUUGUAUGUUGUUGACCUAGAGGAAAAUGUUGAUACCUUUGGAGAAACCUUGUUCCAUAUAAUAAUAAAAAGAAAUCCACUGUUUUAUACUGUGAAUUUGAUUCUGCCGAGUGUUCUUCUCAUGGUCAUGAAUAUGGCUGCAUUUUACCUUCCUCCGGAAAGCGGAGAGAGAACAUCUUUUAAGAUCACCCUUCUACUAGGAUAUUCUGUCUUCCUCAUCAUUGUCGCUGACCAUGCUCCUGCUUCUGGAACACCACUACUAGGGUCCCAUUUUGUUAUGUGCAUGGUGCUUCUUGUGAUCAGUGUGAUGGAAAGCAUUUUCAUAGUUAAUAUAGUUCACCGACAUAAUCUUCAUCAACCAGUUCCCAAGUGGGUAAAGACAUUGGUCUUGGAGAAGAUGACUACUUGGCUCUUCAUAAAGGAUGAGAAUCAUUUUAUUACAUCCCGCAAUGUUGUAUCAGAUAAACCAGAGCAAAAGGAAAGCAGUAGCACUGAGAAGCUGGCAAACUACAUCGAUGAAAAUAUAAAGUGCCUUGACAGCCAAUUCACAAUCACAAAGGACCCGGAAGUGCUGCUCAGAAUUCUAAAAGAAAUAUUGUCAAUCCUAGAGGACCAAAGGAUGACUACUGAACAGGCUUUCUUCAUCGAGUGGUUGCAUAUUGGAUACGUCAUUGACGCGCUCCUUUUCCGAUUAUAUGUUAUAGUUGUACUUGCGUACACGAUUUCCUUAGCAGUUAUAUGGGCUCAAUGGCUUGAUGCUUGA